AUGAAAAACAAAGAAGAGAAAAAAAUACAGCCCGUCCCAGCAGAUAUUAAAAAAACAGCAAAGGACAGAGCCGCAGGCAAGAGCAAACAUCCGCACAGAACAAAAGAGAAAGAGAUGUCUGCGAAUCACAAACAAGGAGAGAUAAUAAAAAUUAGAGAAAAGAUAGACACACUGCUGGAGAAGAUAGAAAAAAUAGAAAAAUCUGGCGCAGCGGAAGAGAGCGCAGAAAAAGAGAGAGCAGAAAAAGAGAGAGAAAAGGCCAAAGAAGAGACACCGUCAGUGGAGUUUAAGCCAAUGGAGAACACAAAAAAAAGGCCAAGAGACUUGUGCAGUGGUGACAGCGCCAAAUCGCACAAGUGGACAGACUACAAACUGAAAAAAGAAGUGCUUUUGGGCAUCCAGAAAAAAGGGUUCAGCUGGCCCUCUCCCAUACAGGCCGCAAGCAUCCCGCACUCUCUCAAAAACCAGCACAUCGUUGCGCGCUCGAAAAACGGAACAGGAAAGACCGCAGCAUUUAUCAUCCCGCUGCUCAACAAAAUAAACCCGCACUGGCUUUCUCUGCAGGCAAUGAUCCUCGUGCCCACGCGCGAGCUGGUUUUGCAGACGGCAAAAGUGUGCAGAGAGCUUGGAGAAUUUUUGCGCCUGAAAAUAAUACCACUGUACGGCGGAUUCGGAGCCAAAGACGACAUCAUUCGGCUCAGAGGAGGAGCACACAUUAUUAUCGGCACUCCCGGAAGAGUCCACGACUUCCUAAACCAGAGAAUAAUCAACUUAGAUCGGUGCACACACCUCGUGUGUGAUGAAGCAGACAAAUUGCUCAGCGCAGAUUUUAAGGAAGUGGUCUACGAGAUAACAAGCCUCUUCCCAAAGAGGAAGCAGAUAGAAAUGUACUCAGCAACUUUUCCUGCGAUGAUACAGAACUACAUCGACACGUAUAUGCCAAAUGCAGUAAAAAUAAACCUCAUGAAGGAGCUGACUCUCUCGGGGGUAAAGCAGUACUAUGCGUACGUAAAGCCAAUUAACAAGCUGCACUGUCUGAAGACAAUCCUUUCCAAGCUGAGCCUGCUAAACCAGUGCUUUAUCUUCUGCAAUUCAAUACAAACUGUUGAGCGGCUCGCAAAAAGAAUGACAGAGUUUGGGUCAGCUGCGUACUACAUACACAGCAAAAUGAAGCAGGAAGACAGAAAUCUGGUAUUUCACAAUUUUACUCUGAAAAGUGAGUGCAGGAUUCUUGUGUCCACUGAUCUGGUAACGCGGGGGAUAGAUGUGCCGAGCGUAAAUGUGGUGAUUAAUUUUGAUCUCCCAAAAAGCACAGAGAGCUAUCUCCACCGAAUUGGCCGAAGUGGGAGGUUUGGCACGGAGGGCAUAGCGAUAAACAUGGUCACCCCUGAUGAUGUCCCGAAAAUUCGAGAGAUAGAGGCUGAUCUGGGCAUUGAAAUACACCCGUUUUCCGAUAACAUAUAA